GGUUGAAUGAAGAUGCCGCCGAAAUGCCAAAGAUGUAUCUCGUGGAAGGCCAAGGCUAGAAGAUUUUUAACUUUCGUGUAGAUUGAAAUUAGGAAUGUGUGCACAAAAUCAAGCACCAAAUAAUAAGUUAUUUGAAAUUUUAGCAUUUUGAUUCAGAAAAUGCAUAAUGUUCAAUGGAAAGUAGCGUCGAAAUUUGGUUUAACAAACCGGACUUUCGCAAGUAGGCCGUUCAGUUUGAUUUCAUUUACUGGCUCAUGUCGAAAAUGCAGUGCACUCAGAAGAGAAUCAAUCGUUCAAGUAAGAGGAGCCUCUUUGAGAAACGUUGGUGUGACCAAUUGGAGAUAUAUAUCCUUGAGAAGGAGGCUGCAUCUAUCCUUUACAGCAUCUGCAAGUAGUUCUCAUGUAUCGUUGCAAAGUGGCUUAAGAAGUAGUGAGAUUGAGACAUUAGACUUGUCAGAUGGCUCAAAAUCUUAUAAUAACACAAAAUAUGCUGAAGAACACUUUGAAGAAGAAGAUAUAGAUGAGAUUGGGGUUAAGAGUGGAGUAGAGGAAGUCAAAGCUCCAGAAAGGAAGCAGAAAAAAAGAACCAAAAACCCACUACCUUCGUUAACACUUGAUGGCAGACAACUUACAUUUGUUGAAGAGACCAAAGUAACUGCUGAAGUUGAUGUGUUAAUGAAGCAUAAUAGAGCAGCGGAGGCAUUCCAGCUAUUUAACAAACACAGAAGAAGAGGCCAUAAAUUUUCAGUUGAAAACUACAACCAGUUACUGCACUGCUUUGCAAAUUGUGGAACAUGGCUCCAAGUGGACAUCUUGUUGCAUAGUAUGGUCUCCCAAGGAGUGAAACCAGAUAUUCAAACAUAUGCUGCUGUCAUAGAAGCAUGUUGGAAGAUGGGAGAGACCACAAAACUUGAACAGUUUGUAAAACAGAUGGGAAAAGAUGGUCUGUGUAAAGAGCAUAUAUUUCAUAAAUGUGUGCUGACCAAAGGCCAAGUAAGUGCAAUAACGUCUGCAUUGAAAAGUGUUGAUCCAGAUUUCAAACCUGUGCCACCUGAUGCACCAGCAAGAACCAAGUUGCCAAAUAAUCGGCUACUGAAUCCAAUGAUGGAACCAAUAACCGAGCAAGUGGAGGACAAUUCAGUUUUUCCAGAUUCAUGGCAGGAUAAUCUGCAUGACCUUUUUGAGCAGCAACUGCAGAAUGAAAUCAAAGGUUUUGUUACUAUUCCUUCAAUCGAGAGAAAAGGGGCAGUAUCCGAGAAGGAUGGAAAGAGGAAACAGCUAUACAUAGACAUCAGUGAGGAUUGGAGAAAGUCAUUGCAAGAGACGAUUGAAAAGGAAAUUGCUAAUGGAAUGCUUGGAAAAGACAUUAAAUAUUCAAGUGGAAAAACUCUCCAGCACAAGUUCAUUCCUUACUUAAGUCUUCUUGAUCCAAAAGAUCUAAGCGAAAUUGUUGUUAAUGAAAUCUUGCCGAUUCUGUGCUCACAACCUCAAGGCGUGUCUGUCAAUUUCAUUUGCCGACAUCUGGGCGGACUGAUUCAUUCGCGAUACGCAAUGAAAUGCAAAAUAGAGGCAGGAGUUGUUGAAAAGGUGCGAGAAAUAUACACAGAGUAUGGCGAAUAUGCUGUUGAUAUUGACAAAGUUUCCAAAGAUCUUCCAAGGUCAAAAUGGUAUGAGAUUGAGCGAAAGGCCGAAAAUCUCGCAUCACUGAAAGUCAAUGCUCCAAUUUGGCCGUAUACAGUGAAAGUUUUGGUUGCUGGUGUGCUGAUCGACCUUCUAAUAAAAGUUGCCAAAGUAAACACAGAAGUAUUCAAUGGCAGAACGUCUGAGAUCGUCUCUGCACUGACGCACGGGUAUAGCUCGUUCGAAGGACGAAGAUUCGGUAUCUUGAAGAUGCACCCAGCUGUAGCGAGGAUCUACAAAAGUUAUUUAUCAAAUCAAGGCAACAUUGUCAUGGAGACAGAAAAAGUACCAAUGCUAGUGCCACCACGCCCUUGGACUUCGAUCAAAGAGGGGGCUUUUCUUGUUUACCCAGUUCCGUUUGUGAGAACCAUCAUGGAACGAUACCAACUGAAAGAUCUGAAUGACAGAGACGAUCAAGGGGAGCUCAAUGCAAUCUUCGAUUGCCUCAACUUUUUGGGUACAACGUGUUGGAGAAUCAAUACAAAGAUAUUGGACAUGAUGAUUGCUAUUUUCAACGACAAAGGAGAUAGGCAUUUGGAAAUCUUUGGACCUGAUCUUCCGCCUGUCCCAAAGAUAAAGUCAAGCAAGGAUAUGACAGAUGAGGAGCGCCAAGCAGUGAUGCGCGAGAGAAGAGCUGUAAAGAAGAGUAACCACGAAAUUUUUGCCCUUCGAAUGGAUCUUCUUUACAAACUGUCAGUUGCAAAUCAUUUAAGAGAGAAGAUUUUUUGGUUGCCAGGCAAUGUUGAUUUCCGAGGAAGAGUCUACCCUGUGCCACCUCACUGUGCUCAUAUGGGAAACGAUGUUGCAAGAGGAAUGCUGCUGUUUGGAAGGGGACGACCACUUGGAGAAGAUGGAUUGGAUUGGCUAAAAGUUCAUCUAGUGAACCUGCAUGGAUCGUUGAAAAAAGCCUCGUUGAAGGAGCGUAUUGAUUUUGCCGAUGAAAAGAUGGACGAAAUAACGGAUUCAGCGGAUAACCCAUUAGAUGGUCGGAAAUGGUGGCAAGCGGGAGACGAGCCUUGGCAAUGUCUUGCCAUCUGUACGGAGAUCACUAAUGCGAUCAGGUCACCAGAUCCAACGAAGUACGUUUCCUACUUGCCAGUGCACCAAGAUGGCUCUUGCAAUGGCAUGCAGCAUUAUGCAUCAAUGGGACACGACGAAUAUGGCGCUAUACAUGUUAAUGUGAAACCGUGCGAGAAACCCCAAGAUUUGUAUGGAGAGGUGGCUAAUUUAGUUGAAAAGAAAAGAGCUGCAGAUGCUGCUGAAGGAAAUGCACUUGCCAAGCAGUUAGAAGGUAAAGUUAACAGAAAAGUUGUAAAACAAACGGUGAUGACGAUUGUCUACGGCGUGACAUUUGUUGGUGGACGACUGCAGAUCGAAAAGCAACUUAAAGAGCUGGACGUACCGGACGAAAUACUAUUCAAAGGGUCGUCAUAUUUGGUCCAUCAGGUUUUCAGGAGUAUUGGAGAAUUGUUCAAAUCUGCACGAAAAAUACAGGACUGGCUGAAUGUGGCUGCGACGCAAAUUUCCCUUACCGGGCACUGCGUCAGUUGGGUGACUCCACUUGGACUACCUAUCACUCAGCCAUACCACAAAGAGACUACAGAGGAAGUGCAGACUCCGGUGCAAAACGUUGCUCUAACUACCAUGUUUGAUCCGACUAAAAAGCCAAAUUUAUCAAAACAGAAAGGAGGCUUUGCACCAAAUUUUAUUCACUCUUUGGACUCAUGUCACAUGAUGCUGACAUCGUUAUUUUGUCAAAGAGCGAGGCUGACUUUUGCUUCAGUUCAUGAUAGCUUCUGGACACACCCACAAACAGUACCUAUGAUGAACAAGAUUUGCAGAGAGCAGUUUCUUUCACUACACAAUGAACCAAUUCUUGAAGACCUACGAAGCCAUUUUGAAGCAAAAUUUGGAAACCUUAAAAUGUCUAGACCUCUAAAAGGGCAUUACAAAGCAGUUUCAAGGUUCGAAAAAUUGCCAGAGAUUGGGACUUUUAACUUGAAUCAGGUUUUGGAAUCAGUGUAUUUCUUCAGUUGAAACAUUCUGUGCCCAGUGGAAAUACAUGGAUAAAAACUGUAAUGUACAACGUUUGUCAAUAUUAUGCAUUUUUUUGCUCUGUAUUUUGCAAGUUGUUUAGAUGAAAAAGAAUUUUUAUUUUCAAAUUAUCAUAUUAACCUCUAUGGAAAUGAA